GGUUUUUUGCAAAAAGUGAUUAAUUCAAUAAUAAACUUUACGAGAUCAUCAUCAUGGACGACCAAGCUUGUCCACGUUGUAAAACGACUAAGUAUAGAAAUCCAUCGUUAAAAUUGAUGGUAAACGUUUGUGGCCAUGCUUUAUGUGAAAGUUGUGUAGAUCUACUAUUUUUAAAAGGAUCCGGUUCCUGCCCCGAUUGCAACGUGCCACUACGACGGAGCAACUUCCGUGUCCAAUUAUUUGAAGAUUCCAUGGUUGAAAAAGAAAUAGAUAUUAGAAAACGAGUAUUGAAAGAUUAUAAUAAAAAAGAAGAAGACUUUGCUACUCUAAGAGACUACAAUGAUUACUUGGAAGAAAUAGAAACUAUUAUAUUUAAUUUAAUGAAUAAUAUAGAUGUAGUAGGUACUAAUAAAAGGAUUGAGCAGUAUAAGAAGGAAAAUAAAGAACUUAUUAAUAAGAACAAAGCAAAAAUUGGUCGGGAAGAAUUAGAGCUUGAAGAAAUUCUAGAAAUUGAGAAACAAAUGGAGGAACUCAAGAGAUCAGAAAUAGUCCGUCUCGAACAAGAGGCUAAGAAGGCCAAGAUUCGGGAGAAGGAGGCUUUGAUUGACGAGUUGAUGUUUGCUGAUGGUGAUGCCAAAGACAUCUUGAACACAUUUGCUCAAAAUGCCAUUGCCAAUAAGCAGGAGCCCGAGGUGGUGCCUAUUGUGCCAAAGGUAACUCACUUCUCCUCUGGAGUUAAGUUCACAAGAGGAGCCAGCGGCCAGCAACCAUUACCAACCUUCGAAGAGGGCCCUCUGUUCAAGUAUGAGGCUCCAGUCAUACCGGACCGCUGUGGGCCUGAUGCGCCAACCAUUCAGGAGAUUGUUACUGGUGGAUACUUGCAACAUGUUAGAGCAGAGAAUGAAGCAGAGAAGGCUGGUGGUUACUCAUCGACUCUGCCGUGCUUGCGUGCCCUUCAGGACGCCCUGGCUGGCCUCUAUCAUGCUAGCUGACCCGGAGACCCCACCGAAACUGUCAUUAUACUCGACUAGCUAUCUUGGCUGCAAUCCAACUGAAGCCAAACAGAACGAAA